AAUAUAUUUAACAACAUUAACAAAUUAUAUAUAGUUCAGACGUUCAGAGUGACAGAGUUGCAGACUAUUUUAUAUGUUCUUAUACUUCGAUACAUUACAAUUUAUAUCGAACAGAGUAACUGACAAAAUUUUGAAUUCUUCGUAUUUGUGAGUUAAAAAAAAUCAAUUGUUGAAUGAACAGUAUGUCUGCAUUUGAGUAUUAUGCUAAGAACAGUAUUACUGAGAAAAAGGUGAAUCUUAAAAGUAUAAGCAAAACAAAAUUAAAAAAAAUGAAAUUUAAAAUGUCUAAAAAAGAAAAAGUUGUCGAGAAGCCAAAAAAACCCAGCCGUGUUUUGAAUAGUUUUUAUAGUCUUAAUUUAAAAGAUUCUUCCAAAACGGGUCAAAAAUUGAUGGAAUGGCUAAUACAUCCAAUCAGUUUAGACGAUUUCAUGAAGAAUCAUUGGGAGAAAACCAUCCUGCAUGUGCCAAGAAACAGUUCUAAUUACUUUUCGCAAUUGUUUUCUCUUACUGAACUUGAUACCAUUCUUCGUGAAAAUAACCUUCAAUAUGGGACAAAUGUAGAUAUUACAUCUUAUACAGAUAAUGUACGUGAAACACAUAACCCAGUUGGUCGAGCUCAUCCUCAUGUUGUUUGGGAUUAUUUCAAUAAUGCAUGUAGUAUCCGCUUAUUGAACCCUCAGCUAUUCGCCCCAGAAAUUUAUAAAUUCAUGGCUAAUCUUCAAGAAUAUUUUGGCUCAUUAGUGGGUUGUAAUGUUUACCUUACACCACCAUUUUCUCAAGGGUUUGCUCCUCACUACGAUGAUAUUGAAGCAUUUGUUGUGCAAGUAGAUGGAGAAAAACAUUGGAGGGUUUAUAAACCAAGAAGUAAGUUUGAAACCCUCCCAAGGACUUCAAGCCGAAACUUUCAUCAAGAUGAAAUAGGUGAACCAAUUCUUGAUGUAAUAUUGAGACCUGGAGAUUUUUUGUAUAUGCCUAGAGGAUACAUACAUCAAGCCGAUACAUUAUUUACUGAAACACAUUCUUUACAUUUGACAUUUUCAUCAUAUCAACAAAAUUCUAUGUACGAUUUUCUUCAAGUGGUGGUUAAUAAUUCUUUAAGUAAUGCUGUGAAGAAUGAUGUAUCCUAUAGAUCUGGAUUACCUAUUGGAUACCAACAUUUGGGAGGCUUAUGUGAAUCAGAAAAACCACUUCCUCGUUCUGUUCAAAGGCAAAAAUUUGAAAAACAAAUCAACCAACUUAUAACAAAUUUAAAAAAUCACAUUGAUAUUGAUCAUGCUAUUGACACUUUUUCACUGAAAAAUUAUUAUACAAAUUCAUUACCACCAUCAUUAUGUAAUGUUGAAAUGCUACGGACAGUUGCUAAUGGUACAAAGAUGUUACCAAAUGGAAAAACCACAGAACAAGAAAUAAACCUUGAAAUUACUGAAGUUAAACUUAUUCGUAAAAAUUGCUUUAGGCUGGUUGAAGAAAGUACGUUGGAUGAAGAAACUGAUCAAAUGAUAAGUGAAUUGAGAUUGUAUUAUAAUUUAGAUAAUUCUAAACAAUUGCAUAGUAAUGAGUGUCAAUUUGUUGUCAUACCAGAUGAAAUGGGAUUGUAUGUGAAGAAACUAUUUAAUAUUUAUCCAUUAUUUAUUAAAGUUUCUGAUUUAUGCAAUGACAAUGAACAGGUUAUGCAGCUUGUGAAUGAUUUAUGGGAACGAGGAUUGUUAAUUACUUCUGAAGAUAUUACAACAAUGUCAAAUUAGUUAUUGAAAAAAACAACUAAAACAUACAUAUUAAAAUUUAUGUUUGAAAUAAUACUUAACUUAUAAUAAACAAUGCAUAUUAAAGAAGAAA